CACUGACUGGGGGGAAUCGACACACAGAAAAGGACACAUGGAUUAACAUUUACCUUACAUUCUAUCCUAAAAAGCCAAAUGGCCAUAUUUAUUAGGACUGUUCACACCACAGCAAAAUCACAAGUUUGCCUGUGGAUAUGGCUUGGCCUUUUUCUGAUCAUGUUUCCUAACAAAAGCAGAGGGUUGUCAGACUUGAAGACCUGUGGGGACUCUGAGUGUGAAACAUUGAUGAGUCGUGUACUGGCAACAAAAAACUUUAAAGCUCCAGACUGCCGGUUUCUCAGCUUCAGAAAAGGAGACGUGAUCUUUGUUUACCAUAAACUUGCUGGAAAGAGGGAUGACCUCUGGGCUGGAAGUAGAGACAAGGAGUUUGGAUAUUUUCCAAAAGAUGCCAUCAAAGUUGAUGAGAUUCAUGUGUCCAAAGAAAAAGAAAUGACACUCCCCACAGAGAAGUUUGAUUUCUUCUGUAUUGAUGAACAUGGUGAAGUCAUGGAAAUUGAUGACCCAGAGGAAUACAAAGAACAGCACCCUGAAAACGAAGAAAUUAUUUCCAACAAAGAAGAACUGCAUGACACUUCAGAAACCGCAGAUAUAUUUCAACCAUCUGCUUCAAACAACAAGGACACAGACCAGACUGAGGAUCUUUCUAAUGAAGUGGCACAAGAGGCUUCAGCACAAGAUUUGGAGUGCGUUCAAGGGACUUGCACCAGUGUGACUGAAAAUGAAAAGGCCACUUUCAAAGAUGGUGAAAUUGCUGGUGAAAUACAAGACCCCACCCCUUUCAAGGAUAAGGCAGACAAUGUACAAGAUGUCAGUUAUCACAUUCAUGCUGAAAACGGUGACACUGCAGUAUCAGACCAUAACCCAACCAUGAAGGACCAUGGAUAUCAAAAUAGUGAAGGAACAAAGUCAGAGAGGCUCACAGAAGGUGCAUACAAGUCUGUUACCACUGCUGAGAUAACCAAAGGGUUCGCUGACGUUGUCAAAUGGUUUCUGGUUGUGUCAUCACUCCCUGAUGACCUUAAGCCUGGCCCUGACCUGUAUGGGAUGCCAUGGGAGGCAGUCAUCUUCACUGCUGUACUGGGUCUGUUCAUCUUACUGCUCUUCAGUUGCCGCUUCUACUUCUCUGUGAAAAGCAGACUCUAUGCACGAAGAGAGGGGAAACUGGCUCAGAAAGUAGCAGAGGCAAUAGAAGAAAAAUGUAAAGUUCUUCAACAAUUUAGCGAGGCUCAAAAAGAGUAUGACAAAAUGAAAGCUAUUGCAGAAAAUGGGGGACUAUUAGCUGACCUAGAAGAAAAGCAAAAACUUGAGAGCAUGACUCGACAAAUCCGAGAGUCAAAUGCUCAGUUGGAGAAGGACUUAGAAAGACUAACAGAGAAUUUGAACACCCAAAAAGCACAGCGUAUGAAGGAGGAGCAACAGCUAGCAGAUUUGCAGGAAACCAUAAAGACCUUGGAGGAUGAAGCCAAAGAUCUUAAAUCCCAGAUGGAACAGGCCACAACAACAUUAAAAAUUCACAACAUGAACUCAGAAAGACUCCAGAAAAAACUCCAGGCUUCCAGAGAGGAGAAUGUGAUGUUGACUGAGAGUACACAACAGCUGUCCCAGGAGGCCGAGGGUUGGAGUGAGCGUCUGGCUGAGCUGGAGGACGAGAUGAAGAUGUGUGAGAGCAACCAUCGCCGUAUGCAGGAGGACUGUGCCAACAAAGACGAGCGGAUCAAGUCCCUCACAGAGUGUUUGCUGCAGAUGAAGGACUGGGACUCAGAGCUGGAGGAUGAGGCUAAUGGUGAUGGCAGCUCCAUGGAAACGGAGAACGGCGAUGAGACAGAUCAUCAUCAGAAGCAGAAAAUACAGAAGCUCAUCUACGCUGCCAAGUUGAAUGCCAACCUGAGGUCCCUAGAGGAGGACAAGAAUAGAGUGGUUGCCAAGCUGUCUGAUGAAAUUAAGGCCAAGGAAGAUCUCCAAGAGGGCAUCGAGCAGCUGCAGCGGCAGAAGGACCAGCUGAAGGCAGAGAGCUCCACGUUCUCCAGCGAGUCCCAGAAGCUCCAGCAGAAGCUGGCCAUCAUGACGGAGAUGUACCACGAGAACGAGCUCAAGCUGCACAGGAUGCUGACGGUUGAGGAGAAAGAGCGUCUGCAGAAGGAGGAGAAGCUGACUAAAGCUGAUAUGAAAAUCACGCUUGCAGCUGAGGAGCUGAGCAACUACAAGGUUAGAGCUGAGGAGCUGGGAGAGGAACUGGACAAGACAAACCAGGCCUACCAAAACCAGAUUGCAUCACAUGAAAAGAAAGCUCAUGACAAUUGGCUGGCAGCUCGUGCUGCUGACCGAGACCUAGGGGACAUCAAGAGAGAAAACGCUCACCUCCGACAGAAGUUGACAGAUUAUCAGUUUAAGCUGGAGGUUUUGGAGAAGGACCCGUUUGCUCUUGAUGCUCCUGGUCGACCAUUAUUCAGAGGUGAGAGGUCACCCUUUGGCCCCUCUCCUCUGGGUCGCCCUGCCUCCGAGACGAGGGCCUUCCUGUCCCCUCCUACCCUGAUGGACGGGCCACCACGACUCUCGCCUCAGUUUCCCAUGGGCCCUGGCGGCAGAGUGUCCCGCGGCCUGGUGGAGCCCCCUGGUGCUGGGGGGGACUUUGAGCGCAGUGGCGGCCCCCACUCAGACAGCGGCUCGCUCUCUCCCACCUGGGAGCGGGAGCGCAGGGGCCCCCCGGGCCCUCUUCCUCCUCCAGGCCACCCAUAUCCGGAGCCUGGACCACCGUUCCGGAGACCCCCACCAGGGGCCUUCCCCAUGGGCCCCCUCCCUCCCCGACCCCCCUUCCCCCCCGAGGGAGUUCCCCCCCACAGCUUUGGGCCGGGCCCGUUCCACCCCUCCGACAGGCCCGACUCAUCAUUUGCGGGCAACAGCACAGGGAUCAGUGAAGCUGAAAGCAGAGAUGCCAGUUUAAUGUCUGCCCCUGGAGAUCUGCGAAUGCUACCUGAAGCUGAGAUGAGGAUGGGCCCCCCAGGAAUGGGACCACCGGGAAUGGGACCACCUGGGCCUGCCGGAAUGGACCUCCACUUUCAGCGUAGGGGCCCCUAUGGACCCCCAGACUUCUUUCCCCCACGAGGACCUGGUGGAAUACCCUUGGGAAUGCGAGGCCCACCUCCUCCGGGCAUGUUCCCCAGAUAUCCUCCUAUGGGCUACCCUCCGAUGAGACCUCCACUGGACGGCUUCCCCCCCGGCCCCCCUGGCCCCCCACCGAGGCCCUCACCGCCUGGCAGCGAGCAGCCCGCUGAACAGACUCCACCUCCCCAUGAUGCCAUCUGAGCCCCCAAAGGCAUAUCACUACCCUCACCCCAUACCCUCAUCUCCAGCUCAGGCACCAGCCACUUCCCCUCCUCUUCUCACUGCCAACUGCAAUAGGAGUUGGCCAUCAUGAAAAGAGAAUGGACUCUCUGUCUUAGUCAUUAUUCAGUGAAGUUGUUUAUCAACGGAAAAGGAGAAGAGCGAAAAGGAAGGUGUUUUAUUGAAUGAAAACUGGAGCCUCUUUCUGACCCCUCUCUUCCUGUGUGUCUCCUCUGCGCUCUUGUGUGCCACUUCCUGUUGUUUCUCUGCUUAGGGCUUAGGGGCUGCUUCCUGUUUGAGCCAGGGGUGGUCAUGUGAUCAUUUUUUCUUUUCUUUUUCUUUCUCCCCGCCCAUCAGACAACAACAAAAAAAAAAACCCUGUAAGUUGUUGUCUGUCAGUGGAAAUGCCACAGAAAGGCCAACAAAUGGCUUGUGGCCCUUCAUGUUCCUCGUAUACUGUAGCUGCAAGUCUAAACAAACACACUUUAACUCCAUUUAAAAGUAAAUAUAGACUUUUUAUAACAACAUAGGGGUCCGUGAAUGUGAGCUUUUAAUAUGCUUUUAGUUGGAGAAUGAUGCCUUUGAGAGACUGCCUUUUUGUGAGGAAAUUGGAUGCUAGAUAACACAUUUUUAGGUGCCUGUGUUCUGUUUGUAGUGUCAAAUGCUUUAUAACCGAACCAUCUAGAAGAGAGGAGGUUCACAUAUUUUUGACAUGUAUAUACAGAAAUUGUAAUGAUAAUGUGAAUAAGAGAUUGUAAAUACACCUAAAACCUAAUCAUCUUGUUUUAACACACAGUACUGUGUAAAGUUCUGAGGCCGUCCGGGCAAAUUUGCGUAUUUAUGGUCACCUAAAUUAAAGCAUUUUAUGCCUUAAACAUGGAGAGUUGUGGGUGGAUUUUAUCAGUUUGGUGUACAGUUGCCAGUAAGCUUUUGAGGUAUGUGGAUGGAAUUGACAGAAUUGCCUUUUGGGGUAUUGGCAUUGUUCAGACUAAUAAAGGUUGACUUCAUUGUUAAA